GACAAUUCAGCUCACUCAUAUCGCCAUCAACACUCAGAGAGAAUGCUGCGUUGGAUGGCGGACAAAUUCAACCAUGGUUAGAUGGUUUGCGACCAUCAGAUCUGCAAUUUGUGCAUUCCGGUCGAUGAGUGCAGCCUACGAACGUUUAGGGAUGGCCACAACAUGGCAGAAAAUCCUACUGUUCUACCAAGGGGUGCUAGAUAAUGGAGACAAAAGAACUGACAGCUGGUUGCUGGUGUACUCACCUGUGCCAAUCACUUGCAUCUUCCUGUGCUACCUGCUCCUCAUAUGGGUGGGCCCCAAGCUGAUGGCUCAGAGACAGCCAGUCAACCUCAAGCCUGUGCUCAUCAUGUACAACUUUGCUAUGGUCUGCCUGUCUGCCUAUAUGUUCUAUGAGUUCACAGCGUCAUCCUGGUUGGCCAACUAUAGUAUAUUAUGUCAGCCUGUGGACUACAACACCAGCCCACUGGCAAUGCGGAUGGCCAAGGUCUGCUGGUGGUUCUACUUCUCCAAAGUCAUCGAGCUCAGUGACACUCUUUUCUUCAUCCUGAGGAAGAAGAACAGUCAGCUGACGUUCCUGCAUGUCUACCACCACGGCACCAUGAUCUUCAACUGGUGGGCUGGGGUCAAAUACGUGGCAGGAGGCCAGUCCUUCCUUAUAGGCCUUAUCAACUCAUUGGUGCACGUGGUGAUGUAUCUAUACUAUGGGCUGGCAGCGCUGGGGCCUCACAUGCAGCAGUAUCUGUGGUGGAAGCGCUACCUCACUUCCCUGCAGCUGCUCCAGUUCUUCAUAGUGACCAUCCACACCAGCUACAACCUGUUCACUGACUGCGACUUCCCAGACUCCAUGAAUGCUGUGGUGUUUGCCUACUCCCUCAGCCUCAUCGUACUCUUCAGAAACUUCUACUAUCAGAGCUACCUCACCAAGAAGAGCAAACAGACAUGAGACACAGAUGUAGAGGCAAUUAUUACUUUUAUUAAAUUGAUCAUGUAUGUUUUUUAAAUAUUUAUUGACCCUUCACGUUUAAGUAAAGCAGGUCUCUAUCCGCUGGA